AUGGGUAAAUGUUGUUCUAAACCAAGGAGGAGAUCUACGAGAAGAUCUUCUAAGAAACCUCCUGACCAUAACUAGGUACUAGAGGAAAGAUAUCACGGCAGAAAAAUGUAGAGUAAGUAGGUAACGACUAAUGAAGAAGUUGCUGUUAAUGAUAUUGCUAUUGAAUUACAGCAGAGUAAUCAGAAGCAGAAGAAUGUAAAUUAGAAAGGAUAAAACAAAGAUGUCUCUAUUGAUGAUUAUGAAGUAGAGGCGUGCUGUGAAUGCUGUGCCGUUGCUGCUGAAUAGGCAGCAGAUCAUCAAGAUGAGAAUAAUUAGAGUUGUAGUUUUGAAUGCUGUUGUGAUUGUUUCGAUUGA